AUGUCAGCACGCAACUUCUUGACCACCGGUCGCAAAAUUGUUGCCAUUGGCCGUAACUUUAGUGAACACGCAAAGGAACUUGGCAACGCUGUUCCUACAGCACCCUUUUUCUUUCUCAAGCCUACCUCAUCGUAUCUUGCCAACGGUGGCACUGUGGAAAUUCCCACGGGAUGCGAGGUGCACCAUGAAGUGGAACUAGCUGUUGUUAUCGGCAAGGAUGGACGAGAUUACCAACCUUCUCAAGCAAUGGAUCAUGUGGCAGGCUACGCUCUUGCAAUUGAUAUGACCGCUAGAAAUCUCCAGACUGAAGCAAAGAAAAAAGGUCUUCCUUGGAGUGCAUCAAAGGGCUUUGACACAUUUACUCCCAUCAGUGAUUUCAUUCCCAAGGAAAGCAUCUCUGACCCUCACAAUGUGGAUCUUUGGCUCAAGGUCAAUGAUACUUUGCGUCAAAACGGCAAUACCAAGGAUAUGAUCUUCAACAUUCCUUCAUUGUUAUCCUAUGUAUCAUCCAUUAUGAAACUUGAAGCCGGUGAUGUUCUAUUGACGGGUACACCCCAAGGUGUUGGUCCACUUCAAGCUGGCGAUGUUAUUACAGCUGGAUUGAAAUCUGGAGGCGCGUCGAAUGACUUGAUGAAUGUCAAAUUCAACGUUGCUGCUCGCAAUGGACUUUUUAAAGUUUAG